AUGGUCAAAAAGAGGCGAUCUACAAGGGGGGCUCUACGUGGGUACCUCCAAACUGUGAUGAAUAGGUUUCCUGAUAAUCGUGAAAUAUGUGAUGAAAUUACUAAGCUCUUGAAGGACUUGAGACUUGGAAGAGUUCGUUCUACUAACAAUGAUGUCAUAUCAAAGGUGAGUCAACUCUUUAAGGGACACAAAGACCUGCUUUUGGGUUUGAAUAAGUUCUUGCCGCCUGGCUAUAAGAUAACACUCCCGAAGGAUCAAACUCAACGAGGGAAUCCUGAGUUUCGGGAUGCUAUGAAAUUUCUCUACAAGGUCGAGGUGUUGUAUGCCCUCCGAGACCACCAGGAUUUGCGUGUGGAUUUUGCAGCUUUUCUCCCUGCUCGCUAUAGAUGA